GCAGGCAGUCGACUCGCACAGGCAAGAGCAAGAAGCACCAAGGCAACAAGAGCAUUAAGCAAGAGACAGACAGGUAGACCAUGGACAUGGAGCUGCCAUCUUCCUCGGCGCCGGGCGCCUCCUACUUCAACUUCUCCGUGGCGCAGGCCGUGGUGACCAUCUCCGUCAACGUCAUCCUCGUCUGGCUCUCCGCCCUCAUCAAGUCAUCCUCCUCCUCUUCGUCCUCCGCCAGCCGCCGCACGGCCGCCCCCGCCCCAGAGCCGGAGCCAACGGCUGCACCGGCCAAAGACUCCUCUGACUCCGAGGUCGACCUUGACGUGGUUCUCGGUCUGAUGGGCGCGAGCGGUGCCGCGUCGGUCGGGUUCGAGGAGGCGGCGGCGCUGUUCGAGGAGGAGGAAGCCACCGUGGAGGAGGCCGCGGCGGCGUUCCGCGUCUUUGACUGUAACGGCGACGGGUUCAUCGACGCCGGCGAGCUCGGGAGCGUGCUGAGGUCGCUCGGGUUCGCUGCCGGCGUGGCAGCGGCGGACUGCCAGCGCAUGAUCGAUGCCUACGAUGGGGACAAGGACGGCCGGAUGGACUUCCAGGAGUUCCUCGCCUUCAUGGAGAGGAGCAGCUCGUGAAGUGGCCUCAUGAUUUUGGUCGAGUUAUUUGUUCGUUGGUUGGUUGGUUCGUUCUGUUUAGUCUUUUUCUUGGCCCGAAUGGAGCUGAGUGAUGCAUACACAAUCCUCCCGUGGAAAUUCAAUUCGAUUCUUUGUACCAUACGUCCAUACCAGUAAUAUUUUUAUGGAAUUAUUAUCAACCGUGGAGCAAAAUAUAUACCAAAACAUUAGUUCUUCACCAGUUCCUGUCAA